UUUGAAGAUAUUCUUGCACACCAAGGAAUGGUAGUAAGAUUUUUAUGUCACCUAAUCUAAAAUAGUCCUUAUCCACCAUCAUUAGCACCAUUUUAAGGCUAAUAUAAUAUGCCUUAACUUCCCAAGAUUUAUACAGCUGCUGUCUGAUUCUACUGAGCAACACCAAACCAUGAAACCCCAACAAGAAAAUAGGCUCUGUGAUUACUGUAAUGAAUCUACAGCUCUUCUUUAUUGCAGAGCUGAUUCUGCUAAGCUUUGUAUAUCAUGUGACCGUGAGGUUCACUCAACCAAUCAGCUUUUUUCUAAGCAUACUCGAUCAUUGUUGUGUGAUGUGUGUGAUGCUUCCCCUGCUUCGAUUUUUUGUGAAACGGAGAGGUCUGUUUUCUGCCAGAAUUGUGACUGGGAAAGCCACAGUCUUUCCUCAUCUUGUGUGCAUAAUCGGAGGCCCAUUGAAGGGUUUAAUGGGUUCCCUUCUGUGAGUGAUUUUGUUGGUAUUUUGGGGUUUGAAGAUCUGGGUGGUAAGAAAGAUAAGAAAGAUUUGUUUUUUGGUGAUGAGAGUAAUGAGUUGGUGAGUUCUGGAUUUGAUGGGUCGGGUUUAGAAGAUGGGUAUUUGGAUUUAUCUUUCUGGGAAACUCCUGCUGUUGGUAGCAUUGAUGAUUUGAUAGUUUCUGGGGACUCUGGCUCUAAUCUUCAGGCUUUAGGUGUCCCUCCUCUGCCUAAGAAUCGUAAUGCGGUUUGUGGGAAACAUAAGGAAGAAGUACUCCGUCAGCUUCGUGAGUUAGCUGGGUUGGAACCUGAUACUAACUGUGAAAAUGUAGACAAGGAGCUUAUUAAUGUGUCGCGGUCAUCUGCUGGAGAAAAUGUGCAAACAAGGGAUUUAUGUACAGGCUGUGAACCUGAUGCACGACAAGUCCCAUUGGAUUCUUUUGAGGAAAAUAUAUUUAGUUGGUUGAGUGAUACUGCUGAGGCUGGGGAUCAAAAGUAUCUUCCUUCGACAUUAAGGAGAAGCAACUUGGAAGAAGGUCCUGUUGUUCCUGACAAGCAGUCCAACAUUGAUGGUAGUGUAAGUUAUGCCAAUGGCAGUCAUGAAGGUGAAACACAGUAUCCUGUCCCUACUGGAAUGCUAACAGCUGGCCCAAAAGUUAAAUUGCAUGAGAUAAACAGCCAGGAAAGGGACUCUGCACUCUCACGGUACAAAGAGAAAAAGAAAACACGAAGGUACGAUAAGCACGUUAGAUAUGAAACAAGGAAGGCCCGUGCGGAAAGCAGAACAAGAAUUAAGGGACGCUUUGCAAAGAUAGAACGCUGAAGUAACGCUGUAGAAACUUGAAUCUGCAGAUAUCUCAAUUUUGGGGGGUUUAAAACAGUAAAAAGAAACAGCGCAGAAGCUGCUGGACAAAAUGCUAGGAUGGAUAGCUGAGAUUAUGUUAGGCAGCUAUGAAACUAUAAGAUUAUUAGCUUAUUACUUAUUGUACAAAAAUGUUGAUUAUGUUGAACAUUGCGAGUCAACGUGUGUGUAGAGCAUAUAAUUGCAAAUGUGAGAGAUUGGGGUUCCGAUGCUGAGCCUACUCGAGACUAUUGGGUAGUAACCGUAGCAUGAUCCGCCGUGUAAUUUUCAGGAAGUUGGAAAAUGUGAUGUAGUUCUUCCCUUGCAUCAGAAAAUUAUGACUCGAUGUGUGAAAAGAAUAUAGACUAUAAUUGCAUUUAAUGAGAAACAUAAAAAUUGUUCAA